CUGGAGCCCGAGCCCAGCGCCAUGGAGUCCGAGCCCAGCGACGUGGAGUCCGAGCCCAGCGCCUUGGAGCCGGAGCCCAGUGUCGUGGAGCCCGGCUCGCCGUACGAGCUCCUCGUGCGGGUGUCCACAGGCUCGCCCGGCCUCCGCUGGAAGCUGGAGAAGUACUUCCAGAGCCGCGACUCGGGCGGCGGGGAGUGCACCGUCCGUCCCUGGUGCCCCAAAGAGUCCGACACUUUCCUGGUGAAGUUCAGAGAAAAGGCCGCCAAGGAGGGCGUAUUGAAAAAAAGAAAGCACCAGAUUCAGGUUGAAAACAAGCCCGUGACCAUUUUGCUGCAAACCCCUGAGAAGCCAACAGAGAAAACUCCGAGGGUCAGGAUUUCUUCGUGUCCCCAGGCUGACGCAAAGCAUUUAUGUGAAGGGUCUGUCUCCAAUGCUGUGGACUCCAGCGUCCAAAGGAUCUUCCUCACUGUAACAGCUGACCUGAACUGUGACCUGUUCUCCAAAGAACAGAGGUCACAGGUAGCCACUGUCUGCCCCACUAUCAAAAAGGUAGAGGGUCACAAUGGAAUUGAGAAAGUGCAUGGUGACUUCGAAGAUAUUAAAAAAAUAUACCAGUUCUUGAGUAUGCUGCUCCUGGAAGGUGAAGAGAAACAGGAGGUUCCUCCUUCCAAUGUGGAAAGGAAGCCUCCUGACCAGCAUGACCAGAACAGCAGAUUUUCUCCUUCUAAACCCAAAGCCAGGUCAGAAGAAACAGAUAGCCAUUUUACAGUUGACUCAUCUCUCUUUGAAUACUUCAAAUAUACCUGUCCUGAUAAAAUAGAGUCAAUUGAAAAGAAAUUUGGUGUAACCAUCAAAAUUCGAGGCAGUUCUUCCAAUGUGGUCCACUUAGACUUCACCGGCGGUCAAUCAGAUGACUUAGAAGCAGCUCAAGAGUCUUUUGUCAGUGAGUUUCAGAAAAAAAUAGAAUUGCUGAAGCAAGAAUGUGUCCCUUUAGGAGGGAGGAAGCAGGCAAAUGAAAUCAAACAAAAACUGAGCCGCUGUUUUCCAAAGCUCCUUAUAACAGAGCACAGAGAAGGGCUAACUCUCCUUGGAAGCCUAGAUGACAUCACAGCUGCCAAGCAAACAAUAUCCGAAGGUUCUGUCAAGCCACCUGUGCGAAUCUUGGUUCCCAGCUCCAUGAUGAAUGCAGUUGAGGUUGAUACUGCUCUCUAUAAGCUUUUAAAAGCUGAGUUACUUCAGGAGAUAACAGAGAUAGAGCAGAAAUACAACACCUGCAGUAAGGUUUGGGAGAAAAAUCAGAAAGCCUGCAUUCAGUUUAAUCCUAAGGACAGGGAGGUAGAUCUGUCUGUGCAUGCUUAUACAAGCUUCGUUGAUGCCCUUCAACUUGCCUCUUGUCAAUUGAUGAGUGAAGUCCUCCUGCUGAAAGAUUUGGUCAAGGACAGAAAAUACUUCUUCGGGACCAAGUUUGAUAAUGACUUUAGAAGAAAGCAUCCAGACGUACAUUUUGCACUGGAUCAAGAGUCGAUGACUUUGACCGGUUUGCCAAAUUCCCUUGCACAGGCCAAGCAAUUUAUCUUACAAAAAGGAGGACUAUUGCCAUCUGCUCGAGAGAAACCGAACAAUGAUUAUGAAACCCAUAGGGGCAUAGAUAGUAACGACGCCAAAGCAACUUCUCCUCUACUCAAGGGCUCUGCAAGUUCUGUGAGCUCAGAAACAGAUGAGAAGGAAGAAGGCAUGUGUAUCAUCUGCAUGGAGACCAUUAGUAACAAAUAUGUGCUCCAAAAGUGCAAGCAUGAAUUCUGUACCCCUUGUAUCAAGACAUCCAUGUCAUAUAAACCGGUCUGUCCUGUGUGUAACACUCCCUACGGUAUCCAGAAAGGGAAUCAGCCAGACGGGACCAUGGAGUUUACCUUUCUACAAACAUCACUUCCAGGUUAUAAGUCCUGUAACACCAUUAUGAUUACAUAUUCCAUGAAGGGAGGCAUUCAAACGGAAGAGCAUCCUAACCCAGGAAAGCCCUAUCCUGGAACAAUGCGAAAGGCAUACUUACCUAAUAAUGAGGAAGGGCGGCAGGUUUUGGAACUACUUCAGGUAGCCUUUGACCGCAAGCUCAUUUUCACUGUGGGAUACUCUCGAGUACAAGGCACAUCAAAUGUCAUUACGUGGAAUGAUAUUCACCACAAAACAUCCCAGUCUGGAGGACCAUUAAAUUAUGGUUACCCUGAUCCUGAUUACCUGACACGUGUUAAGGAAGAGCUGAAAGCGAAAGGAAUUGAACAAAGCAAAAAAAAGAAAAACCACUAGAACAAUGUCUUAACCAAGCUUUAUGAAGAUAUGUUUGAGGAGUUCAUGCUAAUAAAAAUCCUUCUCUCGCAAUGCCUUUGUAAAACUUCAUCUCAGGAUGUGAUUUAUAUAAGAAUAGAAAUCUGCUUGUCAAUCAUUGCUAGAGUGCUGCUUUUUUUUAAUGGAAGAUAAAAGCUCCAAGAACUAUGUCACUCUGUGCUGGAAGUGUCAUGUCUCAUUCAUAGCUGGGUCUGAGAGAAUCUGAAAUAAUCUAUGUCUUUCAGUUUCACUAUUGGCUAUUGAUGGACACUACUAUUCCCAGACCCACAGAAGCUACACCCUCAGCCCUUGGAUCCUCUUUUCAUCUCUGGGGCAAAACCUUCGCUUUUUUAUGUUUGCAUUUUAACCCUUAUUUGUUGGCAAGGAGUUUGGUUGCAGGAAAUUAUAAACCUCCCCUCCCCACCCCCUGGAAGAAAAGUGAGCAGGAGUCAAGAUUGAGCAGUCUUUGGUAAUAAAUGGAAUAAGACUAUUAUUUUUAAUAUAAAGCUUGGCAUAUAGCUAGUGGUUUAAUAGAGGAAUAUAGAUUUCAUAAAUCUUUGGCAGAAAUAGGAAUUA